AUGGCAUCCACCAAACGUCCUGGCGCUCCCGGAACCUUGACACCUCAUGCAAAGCCUGUUAUAAGCAUGGAGGAAUGGGAAACGAAAGCCCCGCUCGGAGAAGUUGAGGCGAGGAGCGUGAACCUCAUCAAGGCUGCCUCGGAGAAGGCUGCUCUACCUCUCAAGUUUGCCGUAGAUGAGCCGGGCUCGUCGUCCCGACCGUCCACACCCGUCUUGCGCAACAGGCUCGGCGUCGGCUCCCGUCCUAGCACACCCAGUUCUGCGUUCCCCCGGAGCGCGACAGCUGCACACGCACUGCACCCGAAGCAACCGAUACAGACACCGCAGCAGUUCUAUGACUGGUUCGCGCUCAUCGACCGCUCGGUAGCCCACAGCCAGGAGGCGCACUACCGGGCGCAUCUAGAGAGCGUGUCGGAGCAUCUCGAUACGUGCGACCGGCUGAUACAGCGCAUCGACGAGAUUGACUCGGCGGUGGAUGGGAUGCUGAAUGAGUGGAGAUUAGUGGAGGAGGGUGGAAAGAGCCUGAAAGGGGCUUGUGAACAGCUGCUCGAAGAGCGGGACCACUUGCUCAGCAUAACUGACGCUAUCGAUGAGCGGAUCGGUUACUUCCAAGAGCUAGAACACGCUACUCGAAUGCUAAACUCUCCGGGCGACUCGUUAGUCUUGCAAACGGAGUUCCUCUACAUGGUUGAGCGGGUGGACGUCUGCAUCGAAUACCUGAAAGCGCACCGACACUUCCGCGAAGCCGAGAUCUAUUUGCUUCGCUUCCAGCAAUGCAUGACACGAGCCAUGACGCUCAUCAAGAUGUUUUUCGUUGGCUCACUCAAAGCACUCACUGUCGACGUCACGAAACGCAUGUCCGAGAAGGACGUCUCUGCGACGGCGCAGAUGCACUUGCUGUACACGCGGUUCUACACUGUCUCAGCACAACUUGCGCCUCUCCUUGCGGAGCUGGAGCGGCGGGCCAGUGCGCACCCUGACGAGCUCUCAUCUCUGCUGUCGGAAUGUCACAGCGCGUACUUCACUGCUAGAAAGGGUCUGCUAGUGAACAGGCUGCUCGAGGAGAUCAAGGGCUUGGAUCCUACGAGGACAGAGCUCGUCGAACUGACAAGGACUGGAUGUAGUUAUUUGAAGCAACUUUGUACCGACGAGUUCGAUCUCUUCCGUGCUUUCUUCAACUCGGGCGAAGAUCAGCUCUAUGCCUAUCUAGAGAGUCUCUGCGACUACCUCUACGACGAUCUCCGCCCGCGCAUCCUGCACGAGCCCCGCCUCACCGCGCUGUGCGAAGUUUGCACCGUCCUGCAAGCCCUCAUGGUCCUUGACGUGCCCGCGAUCGACGACGACGACAACGACGACUACGUUGACGAGCUGAACCUCGACCUGGGUAGCAACGCCCGGCGGCCGGGCAAACGGGGCUUGCGCGCACUGCAUGUCGGGUACCUGCUGCAGAUGGUUCUGCAGGACGCGCAGACGAGGCUGUUCUUCAAGGCGCAGUCGGUGAUCCAGAGCGAUAUUCGGUAUUAUGUGCCGAAGGCGCAGGAUUUGGAUUACCCGCAGAAGCUUGUUUCUGCUAGGAAGCCUGUGACAGGGUUUGAGAUCAAGGAGAAGGAAAGUGUGAGCCAGCUGUUCCAGCUCAAGUCGCUCGAUAAACAAGAUACGUGGUACCCAACGCUGCGCAAGACUGUCUGGGUUCUCUCUCAGUUGCACGACUUCGUGAAGUCGGCGAUCUUCGACGACAUUGCUCGUGAGGCAGUCAACCUCUGUCGACAGUCGCUCGUGAGCGCGGCGGAGACGCUCAAGUCGAAGGCACAGUCGACGCUUGAUGGACAACUAUUCCUCGUGCGGCACCUCCUUAUCCUCAAGGAGAUGACACAGAAUUUGGAUCUCGAAAACAAAAACCCGGACAGGGGGAUCGAUCUCUCGGGGGUAACAGACACACUGGCGUCAAUGCUAGGAAGGACGACCUCGUUGCUUCCCUUCCCGAAUGCGUUGCUCACGUCGUUGGGUAUGCCAAGCGAUGAGAACAUGAACGAUGUCAGACGAGCUCUCGACCAAGAGCUGAAGAUCGCCUGCGAGGCCGUCAUCGCAUCUUGUGCCAAUCCAGUCACAGCUCCCCUCCGCUCGUGGACAGACCGCGUCCACGCUCACCGCCUUUCCGCCAAACCACUAGGGACCUCCUCUGUUUCAAGCGAGCCCCCGUCCAGCACGCAAACCGUCCAAAGCAUGCCCUGGGCAACGCCGACUGCCGUCAAUGCGCUCUUCACCACGUUCAAUGGGGCGUGCGCGACGGAGCUGCGCGCAGCCGUUGGGCGCCUGCGGUUGUACCUCGAGGACGAGCGGACGGUGAGCGUGCUGCUUGGGCACGUCCAGGACCGCAUUGUCGAUGACUGGGCAGAAUGGCGGGCGCUCGUGCGGGAUGUGUACCCGAUUGGCUCGGGCGCGGAGGUGGAUGUGGGGACGGAGGACCUGGCAAGAGCGAUGGUGAGGGGUGCUUGUGAUGAGCAUUCGGGACCCACUGCUGGGCCGUCUUCUACAUGA